UUGCCUCCAUUUUGUUCCUGAACAUUGAGCUUCAGCAACAAAAGUGCAGUCUAAGGUCGAAAAUAAGUUCUCCUUGUAGUCUGGAUCUAAAUACUUUACUUUAAAAACUGCGCUGGGAUUUUUUAAAAUAAUUUUUCCGAAACUGAAAGUGGUGCCUUUUGCGCCCUUUGGGAAUUUUGACGCUGGACAUCAGGCAUCAGUCAGAGGAAACUCGUUAGCAUCAACUCCGACUCAGAGGGGGAAAAAAUGGAGGAGCAGUUCAUUGGAGAAGAUCCUACUAUGAAGAUGGAGGAAGACGAAGAGGCGAGUGUGGAAGGACAGAUACAGGUUGUCAGUGAUGGAGGCCACGGAGAAAGCGAGGGAUCGAAGAUUGAUGCGAGUAAAAACGAGGAAGAUGAAGGGAAAAUGUUUGUUGGAGGCCUCAGCUGGGACACAACAAAAAAGGACUUGAAAGAUUACUUCGCCAAGUUUGGGGAGGUUGUAGACUGCACUUUAAAGCUGGAUCCUAUGACUGGUCGAUCCAGAGGCUUUGGCUUCGUACUGUUUAAAGAUGCUGAAAGUGUAGAAAAGGUUAUUCAGCAAAAAGAACACAAACUUAAUGGAAAAGUGAUUGACCCAAAAAAAGCAAAAGCCAUGAAGUCCAAGGAACCUGUGAAGAAGAUCUUUGUUGGCGGAAUUUCACCAGACACUCCUGAAGAGAAGAUUAGAGAGUACUUUCAUGCUUUUGGAGAGGUGGAGUCCAUCGAGUUGCCAAUGGAAAACAAAACAAAUAAAAGGCGAGGAUUCUGUUUCAUCACCUUCAAAGAGGAAGAUCCAGUGAAGAAAAUCAUGGAAAAGAAGUACCAUAACAUUGGCCUAAGCAAGUGUGAAGUCAAAGUGGCCAUGUCAAAGGAGCAGUACCAGCAGCAGCAGUGGGGUGGAAGAGGUGGUUUUUCCUCCCGAGGUCGUGGGAGAGGAGGGCCAAAUCAAAAUUGGAACCAGGGGUACGGAAACUACUGGAAUCAAGGAUAUGGAAAUUAUGGAAACUAUGGCUACAACAAUCAAGGCUAUGGUGGAUACGGGGGCUAUGAUUACACGGGUUACAACUACUACGGAUAUGGUGACUACAGCAGUAUGUAAUGCUGUUUGUGAAAACGCUGCAAAAACUCUAAGAAAAUAAUACCAGCAGAGUGGUUACGGCAAAUCUCCAAGGCGAGGUGGCCAUCUAAACAGUUACAAGCCUUACUAGCAUACUACAAGCAUAAACUUCAAAACAUACACACAGGUAUGCAGUUGCAUUACUUAACCCAAGCCAUCCUUAGCCAUUAACUUAUGCUACAUUAACCAUCAUAUGUAAUGUAUUUUGCUUAAUUUUUGUUUUUCUUUAAAGUUUUUCACAGCACCCUGGAGUGCUUUACUGUAGUGGUUAACAUAGAGACUUCAGUCUUUUGGCAAUAAUGUAACAGCUGGCUUUUGGCUGUUUCUUGCCUUUAUGUAACAGUAAAAAAAGUUAACAGGUACAGUACUGCUAAAUGGGUACGAGAAAAUAAGGAUUUGCAACGAAAACACACAAAGAAGAAUGUUGUCUCCUAACUCUGACCUUGUUUGUACCUGCCAGCGGGGACUUCCUUGCAGGCCAUGAGCUGACUUCCCGAUUCUCUCAGGCCCGCUCAAUGCGGACAGGGUACGAGAGGCGUACGCUCUCGAAUGCUCCCAUUUGGUAUGGUCUUCCAACAUCCUGUAUAUGAAUUGUCAAAAAAAAAACAAAAAAACAAACCAGAAAACACAUAACGGAUACAUCAAGCUUUUAUCCUUGCCUUUUUACAUUUUGUUUAAAAUUCAUGGCAUUUGUUUUAUGUAAUACAACACAUUUCUGUAAUUUCGUAAUGUCAUUUUUUACAGGUAAUGGUUAAAUACAACACUGAAAAAAAUAACUGUUUACUUUUCAAAGGAUACAGCCUUCUCUGGAUUUUCCAGUGUUAAUAUAUGCACUUUUAAUUCUACCUGUAAUGCUUGCUUUUCUUUAUUUAUAGCUCGUGUAGCAGUAAUAGCCAGUAGUCCAUGAGCUAAAACCUGGUUUGUACUUGGACGCCACUACGUGGGAGAAUUGCUUAAUUUUCAUACUUGUAUUGUGUGUUUUAAUGACAGCGGUGGAAGAAGUUUGUUAAUUUCAUCUAACAAAUUCUCUUUUUUAAUCUUUUCAAACCUGAGAAAUUUGCCUGAAAUGUUAUUGUGAUUUUUCAAUAAUUAAAGGCUUCAUAUAUGUGUCUGGGCUUAAAUAUAUUACUUAAGUUUAAUGUAUUUGAGGAUUUUUAUAUCAUAAAAUUUUUUACCAGUAUUUCUAGAUUAUUGCAUUUUAAAA